GUGAACCUCUGGAUAUAUCAGUGAACCUCUGGAUAUAAGAGUGAACGUCUGGAUAUAACAGUGAACCUCUGGAUAUCAACGUGUACGCUUGGGGUCCACAUUUUCCAUCUAAGUAGGAUAGUUUGAACCGUGUUGGAGACGUCAUGAUUCAAUAGUUGCUCGCAGAUAUACAAACUGGGCACCAGAAUAGUGGCGUGGAUUCUGUAUACUGAAGAGCACGUCUAGAUAGUUAAGUGCGUAUUACGCUUAGUGAUAGCUAGCGAAUUAAGCUGCCGGAGAGAGAGAGAAUUUGUCUCAGGUAUAACGAACUGUAUAACUAAGAAGACUCGGGAUUGCCGACGGGAAGCACGGACAGUGAUGUGAAGCAACACAGAACAGACAAGUAUUCGCCAAGAAAUGGGAAAAUAUCGUGGGUAUUGUCAACUAAACUAUUGAUUAAUACAGUUGGCAAAGGUAGCGAUCGCAGCUGUAGUGAAGUUGACAGAGAUAGUGAAGGUGAAAAAGAUAGUGAAGGUGACAGAGAUAUUGAAGGUGACCAAGAGAUUGAAGGUGACAGAGAUAGUUAACACGAGGAAAACGACAGUGAAAUAGUCUACAAAAUGAUUAUCUCUGUGAUACUUGUUUCUCUUCUUCUGAAGCUCAUCACAGCAAAUGAAGAUGACCCAUGUUGACAUCCACCAUGACCUAUCAGAUGAUCCAUAUUACCUCCAGAGAACUGUGGGCCGUCCAUCCGAGGUCAGUACCUACACUACGACGUGAGCUCUGACCCAGACUUCCAGCUGUGGCUUAAGAUGACACGAAAGAACACUUGGGUAUAUAUGAGAGUCGAGACAGUGGCCAGCCAUAGACCUCAGGUGUUGUCUCGUAACACUUUGUAUGUCCUGUCUAACACAGAGGAAUAUAGGCGCUUUCCAAAUGCUAACUACAGGAAUCUCCAUAAAAUAAAUAGGAUAAACAGAUUCUACAGCCUGAGCAUGUGGAGCAACGCCUCGAUGGAAUGGAUCUUCUGCAAGACUUCUAACAGUUCCCGUGCACCCAGCCUUCCGGCCUGCAACACUACAGAUGCACCCAGCCUUCCGGCCUGCAACACGGAAGCGGUGACAGUGUUGGUGGUGCUCGUGGUGGUGGUGCUGGUGUUGUUGGCAGCGGCCAUCGCUUACAUACACCACCUCAGGAAGACUCUCACUCAAUUCGUGGUGUCCCAGUUUAAGUACAACAAAUACAGCAAUGAAGACAGCAGUCAACCAGAGCCGUGGUCACCUCACACAAGACCGUCCAUCCAGGAUAACAUCUACGAGGAGUGGCAGGAGCGCCCACCUGCCGCCGGAGCCUCCCACAACAGCAGCACAAACAGCAUCUACGGUCAGGUGGUGAACCUCCCGGGGAAACACCAGCUGCCCUCCGACGGGAAUCCAAACUAUUAGUUACUCCACUAUGUCAGGCACAGCAACAGCGAGCACUAAGAACAGUCUAGCCUGUGAUAGUGUUACGGCAAGAACAGUCUAGCCUGUGAUAGUGUUACGGCAAGAACAGUCUAGCCUGUGAUAGUGUUACGGCAAGAACAGUCUAGCCUGUGAUAGUGUUACGGCAAGAACAGUCUAGCCUGUGAUAGUGUUACGGCAAGAACAGUCUAGCCUGUGAUAGUGUUACAGCGAGAACAGUCUAGCCUGUGAUAGUAUUACGGCAAGAACAGUCUAGCCUGUGAUAGUGUUACGGCAAGAACAGUUUAGCCUGUGAUAGUGUUACAGCGAGAACAGUCUAGCCUGUGAUAGUAUUACGGCAAGAACAGUCUAGCCUGUGAUAGUGUUACGGCAAGAACAGUCUAGCCUGUGAUAGUGUUACGGCAAGAAUAGUCUAGCUUGUGAUAGUGUUAAGGCAAGAACAGUCUAGCCUGUGAUAUUAUUACAGCAAGAAUAGUCUAGCCUGUGAUAGUGUUACGGCAAGAACAGUCUAGCCUGUGAUAGUGUUACGGCAAGAACAGUCUAGCCUGUGAUAGUGUUACGGCAAGAACAGUCUAGCCUGUGAUAGUGUUACGGCAAGAACAGUCUAGCCUGUGAUAGUGUUACGGCAAGAACAGUCUAGCCUGGCAUAAUAACACAGUAAGAACAGUCUAGCCUGGCAUAAUAACACAGUAAGAACAGUCUAGCCUGGCCUAGUAACACAGUAAGAACAGUCUAGCCUGGCCUAGUAACAAAGCAAGAACAGUUUAGCCUUACUUAAUAACACAGCAAGAACUGUCUAACAUGUCACAGUUAUACAACAAGAACAGUCUGGCCUGGUACAGUAAUAUAGCAACAAACUUUCUGGCCUGCUAUAGUUACAGAAGAAUAACAGUGUAGCCUAGUAUAGUAACAUAGCAAGAACAGUGUAGCAUGGCAUAGGGACAUAGCAAGAACAGUGUAGCCUGCCAUAGAUAAAUAGCAAGAACAGUGUAGCAUGGCAAAGGAACAAAACAAGAACAGUGUAGCCUGGCAUAGUUACAUAGCAAGAACAGUGUAGCCUGGCAUAGGAACAUAGCAAGAACAGUGUAGCCUGGCAUAGGAACAUAGCAAGAACAGUGUAGCAUGGCAUAGGAACAUAGCAAGAACAGUGUAGACUGGCAUAGGAACAUAGCAAGAACAGUGUAACCUGGCAUAGGAACAUAGCAAGAACAGUUUAGCCUGGCAUAGGAACAUAGCAAGAACAGUGUAGCCUGGCAUAGGAACAUAGCAAGAACAGUGUAGCCUGGCAUAGGAACAUAGCAAGAACAGUUUAGCCUGGCAUAGGAACAUAGCAAGAACAGUGUAGCCUGGCAUAGGAACAUAGCAAGAACAGUGUAGCCUGGCAUAGUUACAUAGCAAGAACAGUGUAGCCUAGCAUAGUUACAUAGCAAGAACAAUGUAGCCUAGCAUAGUUACAUAGCAAGAACAGUGUAGCCUGGCAUAGUUACAUAGCAAGAACAGUGUAGCCUGGCAUAGGAACAUAGCAAGAACAGUGUAGCCUGGCAUAGGAACAUAGCAAGAAUAGUGUAGCCUGGCAUAGGAACAUAGCAAGAACAGUGUAGCAUGGCAUAGGAACAUAGCAAGAACAGUGUAGCCUGGCAUAGGAACAUAGCAAGAACAGUGUAGCCUGGCAUAGGAACAUAGCAAGAACAGUGUAGCAUGGCAUAGGAACAUAGCAAGAACAGUGUAGCAUGGCAUAGGAACAUAGCAAGAACAGUGUAGCCUGGCAUAGGAACAUAGCAAGAACAGUGUAGCCUGGCAUAGGAACAUAGCAAGAAUUGUUCAUCAGAAUGGUUAUUUCAUUGUUCAGAAAUAACAUUCAGUUGAAUGUGUCCUGUAAUUAAUUUGAAUAUAUAAAUGUUCAUUGCUUUGUUAGCAUUUCUGUUAUAUGCAUUAUAUUUUGAAAUUUUUAUAUAAAGUUAAAAUGAACAUUUGAGUUUUGUGAUAAAAUUGUAUAAUUAGUUUGAUUUUGGUCUUAGCUGCCGGAGUCUCGAGGUCUGGGCACAAAGAGCGUGCCCAGUCCUCGAGGUCAUGGGCGUACCCAGUCCUCGAGGUCAUGGGGGUACCCAGUCCUCGAGGUCAAGGGCGUGCCCAGUCCUCGAGGUCAAGGGCGUACCCAUUCCUCGAGGUCAUGGGCGUACCCAGUUCUCGAGGUCAUGGGGGUACCCAGUCCUCGAGGUCAAGGGCGUGCCCAGUCUUCGAGGUCAAGGGCGUACCUAGUCCUCGACGUCAAGGGCGUACCUAGUCCUCGAGGUCAAGGGCGUGCCCAGUCCUCGAGGUCAAGGGCGUGCCCAGUCCUCGAGGUCAAGGGCGUGCCCAGUCCUCGAGGUCAAGGGCGUGCCCAGUCCUCGAGGUCAAGGGCGUGCCCAGUCCUCGAGGUCAAGGGCGUGCCCAGUCCUUGAGGUCAAGGGCGUACCCAGUCCUCGAGGUCAAGGGCGUGCCCAGUCCUCGAGGUCAAGGGCGUGCCCAGUCCUCGAGGUCAAGGGCGUGCCCAGUCCUCGAGGUCAAGGGCGUACCCAGUCCUCGAGGUCAUGGGCGUACCCAGUCCUUGAGUUCAAGGGCGUGCCCAGUCCUCGAGGUCAAGGGCGUGCCCAGUCCUUGAGGUCAAGGGCGUGCCCAGUCCUUGAGGUCAAGGGCGUGCCCAGUCCUCGAGGUCAAGGGCGUGCCCAGUCCUCGAGGUCAAGGGCGUGCCCAGUCCUCGAGGUCAAGGGCGUGCCCAGUCCUCGAGGUCAAGGGCGUGCCCAGUCCUCGAGGUCAAGGGCGUACAUAGCCCACGAGCACUGGGUAAGAAUUGCAGGCAAGAAAGUGUUUUGACACGAUUCAAAGAUGAAAACCAAUGAACUCAAGUGACUGUCAAAAGUUUAGUAUAAAAAAUUAUAGGAGGGACUUGUGCAUCAGUCUAGCAAACACCCUAAAGAUGUACUCAGUCAAAAACUUUAUUUUAAAUGAUUGUACUGUACAUAUAUAAUUGGGAAAGUAUUUACAUAGAAAGUAAUGUACAUUAGUUACAUAAGAGAGCCACAAUACCUGCAGACCACGGAGACAGAAUCUUGGAUAAUCAGAAAGUCAGAAUCAGAAACGUAAAAGGUUAACAUAAUGUACAAAUCAUAUCAACGCUGGCUUGACUAAACAGGAGUAUUGCAAUCCUAAUCACAAAUUAUAUUUCAGGCAUAAAGAGUUACAUAUAGCUAAGAAUGAAAAAAAAUUAUAUAUUGUAUAUACACAAUAUAAAUCACAAAAUUAUGGUGAUGAGACAAUCAUUCCUUGAUGCUGGAUAUAUCAGCUCACCGUCAGCAUUCUACAUCAAUAGAUUUAUGCUAUCCUGGCUCAGAAUAACUCCAAAUACACAGCUCACUUGACAUCAAUUUGACUUCAGUUGGACUCAAGAUAAUUCAUCUCUCCCUGUAAUCCAUCUCUCUGUGGCAUUAAUUACGUAAUCAUUCCAAAUGUCCGGCCGCGGGUCCUAUUGCUUUCCCUGCAGCGGAAAACUUCCCUGUCGACCCGAUACCCCAGUAAGAAUAUUACUCAUUCUUAACUUGUAUUUCCCAACAAUUAAGAUUAUAUUUCUGGAAAAGUAUGAGUAGUCUAUAAUGACUGAGCGUCUAAACAAAAUAAACACAACGAGUGAA